AUGGCGUCGCCCGCCGCUCGCUCGCGCAAGACGAUCAACAAGAGGCGCGAGGCGUCAGAGAGCCCGGGGAGGCGCCGCCUCCACAGUGUGCCAGAGGACGAGGUCAGCGACCCGGAGGGCACCAGUCCCUGGGAGAAGCUCGGCGCAGAGGCCUCCGCGACGGACGAGGAGCAGGACGACUACAUGGCAAUGCAGAUCGCGGAGAUGCUGCAGGCAGAGGAGAUGACGGAGCACGAGAAGGACCUGUUCCUGGCCGGCCAGCUUCGUCUCGGCCCGGCGAGCGCUCGGUGGCGUUCGAUGUUCCUGAAGCUGAUGGGCUCGGUGACGGCGACGGAGAACAUGCGCUCGGUUUCAGGCAUGGCCCCUCACCUCCUGCAGCGCGGCGAGGAGCGAAUGCGCACGCCACUUACACGUAGGUGCGACACACGCAUCGCCUACCACAAGAAGACGCCCGAGGAGAAGCUCGAGGCUGCCAAGAAGAAGCUGGCGAAGGCAAAGGCGGCGCAGACACGCCGAGAGGUGAAGCAGAUAGCGGCCAAGGAGCUCGAGGAGUACGCACAGGCCCUCGAGGGGACGGGCGAGACAGACCCGUGGACGCCGCAGCCUACGCAGGUGAAGAAGCGCCUCGACCCAGUGAGCGAGCAACUUUGGCUUCACGAGGGCCAGGGCCGCGAGAUAGUGGGGGUCGAGGCGGGAGUCCCGGCGGUCAAGGAGAUGGCCGUGCCGAUGGCCCUCUGCGUGAAUGCGGCCGAGGGCUACGUUCCCGCGAAGCACCCCCUUCCGGCGAAGGCGCAGAGCGUGCCGGCCAAGGCACCGCCGGGGACAAGGCCGAUGACGACUGCCGAGAUGAUGCGGGCCCUCGCGGACAUGACGGUGGUGAUUGAGCAGCAGCGCGUGCAGAACGAGAGGGUGCACCAGAGGGUAUCCGAGGUGAUGCGCCAGCCGCGCCAGGGCCUGAGCGACGAGGAGAUGAUGAGGAUCGCGAUGAUGAUGUCCCAGAUGCAGCAGCAGGCCUCUUCGGCGCCGUCGUCCCCGGGCGCGUCGGGAUCACAGGAGCCGGCCUGA